AUGAUUAUUCCUGUCCGAUGUUUUUCAUGUGGCAAGGUUGUUGGUGACCUAUGGGAGCGCUAUCUCCAGUUACUUGACGAGGGAAUUCCGGAUGGUGACGCCAUGGACCAGCUUGGCUGCAAGCGAUACUGCUGCCGCCGGAUGAUCAUGACGCACGUGGAUUUGAUUGAGAAACUCCUGCGCUAUAAUCCGACGGAGAGGGAGAAAUCGAAGAAUCAGUUAUAA